AUGUUCUGGUGGCAAGUGGGGGGCGAAUUUGACUGCAUUGUCUGCUUGGAGCGUCUAGAUAGAGCUUCAGAGUGUUCCAUACUAAUACGGGGCUCCGAGCUACCUACAUGUACAUAUGCCACAGCUUUAUCCACCUACAUAUCCCACGAUUCCCCCCACGAUAAAUUGUCACCACAGGUUCGGGCAUACGCGAGCCUCCCAACGUAUCAAAUCCCUAGCGAUCAGAUCAGCGCAUCCCUUCCGGCCCCACUGCAUUUGUACACCCCAUCCACAAGCGUAACCCCUGGACCGCCGCUGCGCGCAGCAAUAGAGGUCUCCCCACAGUCUCAGACUCUCAGGAAUAAUUCAGAACCCAACCGAACCUGCGCACUGGCCCUAGAAUUACCAGAAGAAGGCCGAAUGUUGUUGUUGUUGCGGCUGAAACUUCUGGCACCGCACACGCCAAGCAUUAACUGGUCUCUGGGGGCGCGCAGCAGCAGUAGGACCUCGUUGUCGGGAGUUACCGAGCAACCCCCCUUCCUCAGAGUUCAGGGGCCUGUUUGGAUCGUUCAAGUCGGAAAACGGCCGGAACGAUCCCAGACAGACGCAGACGACAGACCACCGCCCACCACUACCACCACCACCGCCGCCAUCUAG